AUGUCUCAAGAAUCUUCUGAUGAAGAAUUCGAAAAAUUCGAACCUACUUUGCAAAACGUGUUAGACCAAAAGUCUUUACAUUGGAUUUUUGUCGGAGGAAAAGGAGGCGUUGGUAAUCGUGUAAUCGUGUCAAUGAAAUGUGUAGGUAAAACGACAACAUCAUGUUCUCUCGCAGUGCAGCUGAGCAAAGUGAGAGAGUCCGUUUUACUAAUAUCAACUGACCCUGCACAUAAUUUGAGCGAUGCUUUUGGCCAAAAGUUCACUGAGCAACAAGGUGGAGGAGCUAUGGGGGCUAUGAUGCAGGACCUAGCUUUUGCCAUUCCCGGUGUUGAUGAAGCGAUGGGGUUUGCAGAAGUUAUGAAGCAAGUAAAAACAAUGGAAUAUUCAGUAAUCAUCUUUGAUACCGCCCCUACUGGUCAUACAUUGCGGUUUUUGAGCUUUCCCGGUGUGUUGGAAAAGGCAUUAGCAAAAAUUUCGCAAUUGAGUGGACGAUUCGGGCCAGUCUUUCAGCAAAUGUCUGGUAUGAUGGGUCUUAAUGCUAAUCAAGAAGAUAUGUUUGGAAAACUUGAAGGAAUGCGCGCCAUUAUUACAGAAGUGAAUAAUCAAUUUAAAGAUCCGGAUAAGACUACAUUUAUUUGCGUGUGUAUUUCCGAGUUCUUGUCUCUCUAUGAGACAGAGCGAAUGAUUCAAGAAUUAACUACUUAUCAUAUCGAUACUCACAAUAUCGUUGUAAAUCAAUUAUUAUUUCCACGGAAAGAUUCUAAUUGUGAACAGUGCCUAGUUCGGCACAAAAUGCAACAAAAAUAUUUAGACCAAAUUUAUAAUCUUUAUGAAGAUUUUCAUAUUGUUCUAAUGCCGCUUUUAACAAAAGAAAUACGUGGUACACAAGAUAUCAAAGAGUUUUCUGAAAUGCUAGGUCGGAAAGAGAAAGAGUAUCCACCUGUUAAUAACAAUUGUAUGUACAAACACUCUUCAUAUAUUUACAAAAGUAACAAAUUGAAUGUACAUUCUAAACUUCUAAGUGAAAGGAUGAUUGUAUGGCUUGAGUGUAUGCGUGAAAAAGGUGAGAAAAGCGAAUAA